AUGAACUUCCUCCGAAGGGGUCGCAGACGUGGAGACGGUGCCAGCUCCGCCGCCUCAAAACAGCGCAUACUAGAACUAGAGGCCGACGAUGAAGAGGCCAUCUAUCUUCCUGGCCACGGCAAGAUUUACGUCACCCAGACCAAGAAUGGCAAGCCUGCAUUUGGUCGAAGAAGACCGGACAAGCUGUUGGAGGAGUACGGUUUCGACAUCCUCGGCCAGAGCCUCGGCAUCCCCUCCCGCAGAGAUCUUGAGCGUCAAGCACGGCAGUCGCAGGAACCUCGGCGUAUGAGCGUGGCCUCCCAGAGUUCGGGCAUCAUCACGGCUCCCAACUCCCCGCGCCAGAGCAGAGGCAUCCUGAAGCACACACAAGAUGACUACAGCUACGGCCAGCUAGACGACCGCCGUGUGUAUCGCGUCCACGAUGACUCUGGUGACGACUCGCCGGUGACCGUCAGUAAGGCGAGCAGUAUACGCUCCUCUUCCACUCCCGCCCCGGGUGCCCGGCGUCGACGUGGUAGUAGACCCGACUAUAACGCCUAUGUUGAUGGUGCGUACGACGCAAGCAACCCGUACCCAACGGCAGGAUAUUUCUACCCGCCUCAUCCACCUCCUCAUCCUCAUGCUGGCCCCUGGAACUAUCCUGGCACGAUGAACCACUACACGUCACCCAUGGCACCUGGUUAUGGUCCCACAGCCUAUCCGCCUGCGCAUUGCCCAGGUUGUCCUCCCCAGGUCACGCCUGGUGGUGGUCCCCCGGGAUGGGCACCGCCGCAACCCCAAAUGAAUUACCAGUACAAGAACCCGAUGGGCUUCCCCGUCCCGCAGACGACUUCGAUGCCUACCCUUCCUCAGAAUCAGUACAUGCAUCAGCACUUGGCCCCUUACCCGCCUGUUGGCGCCACUGCACACGCCCCGGCACCUCCUCCUACAGUUCAGCCUACACAUACGGCUCCGUUUCAGGUUCCGCCUCCGCCGCCGCCUCCGCCUCCUGCACCCCCGGCACUUGCCCAGGGCCACGGUACUGCGUCGGGACAUGUCAAUGCUGCUCAACAGGAACAGGCGCUGGCCCCGAAGCAGACCGACAAGGACAAGCAUGAUGCCGUGCCAGCUGCGGACGCUGCAGACCGACCUCAGACAAGCAUAGAAGUCACGAAUAUUAAGUCAGCGACAAAGGAAAAGAACAAGCAGCACAUCAGCAGACGCAUUCGACAUGUCCAUAUUUGCGCUGGGUGCGGAAAGAAGCGGUCCCGGGAGUACCAGAAGGCGCACCCUCUGAAAAGGGGCGAGAUACCGGAGCCCGACUACUGCUACCGAUGCAUACGUGAUGCCGCGGACAGUUCGUCCGAGCUAUCCAGCAGCGAUAGUGCUGAUGAUAUCUCGUUUAUAGAGUACGCCAAAGAAGCGCCUAUGUCCGGCCCCAGCACGGAUGAAGGUCGUGCCACCGCCAACGGUAGUUAUGUCCGCGAGAAGAAUCCGCAAGGCCCUCCUCGAUGGAUCAAAAAGUCGAGACGACUCAGCCUGCUAUCCGACAUCCUAUUGAAUGGCGUUGGCUCCAAGUCUCGACCGAAGCUGGCCAAGUCGAUCUCAUCAGCCGAAGAGUCGAGAUCUAGAGCUUCGUCACCCGCUAGAGGACCGAAGGUUGAUCUCCGAAGCUCCAGACGUACCCGCCAAUCUAUGUAUCGCAGUGUAGACAACUCCAAAGAGAGUGUGCCGCUACCCCAAAUCAGCACAUCUUCGUUGUCCCAGACGACACCUGCCAAGGAUACCACUCCAGCCGUGUCGAAGGGCAGUUCUCGAGGCAAGCAGGCGGCGCCGACCACCACCAAGCGUGACCGAGGUAACACCACCGAGGAUACGAUGCGAUCCGAAGUUCGACUGUCGAAGGGGUCAUCGGACGUGACAUACAAGAAGGGCGUUGCGCAUUCCUCCAAGCUCGAUUUGCCCAACGAGCCCCCUGGAGCCCCAGAGCCAGUCACAUCGAACGCGUCUUGGGCGUCUGGUAAGGCAUCUUCGAGGGUGCCUUCCAACAUCUCCGCUAGGCUUCCCUCAGUUGUCUCCUCCCAAGUCUCCUCCAAGAAUGCCGCAAAGGCCGCGAACGCCUCUCCUUCGAAAGACGCCGUGCCUGUCGAGGAACACCAGGGUCCCUUUAGCGCAUAUGAGCAGCCCAGCGUUCACCAUGAAUCGUCGGAAGCAAUGCCAACAAACUUUCCUGACUUUUACAAUGAUAGGCCUGCCAGCAGCUAUUAUCAGCAGCCCGAUUUCGGGUUUCUCGCCCACGAGGGCCGACGUCACUCCACUACAAGUACUGCGGAUGCCCAGGAGCCUUUCGAAUUCAUCCCCUUCCCGGAGUCGAAUCAGUUUGAAGCCUGGCCACAAGAGCCCUUGCCGGAGCUGGAUACCCUCAAUAACACGCCUACGCAUGCUCCCAGAUGGGAUGAGCCAGCCAUACCUACGGACUCGUCGUUCGGCGACAGGGAUGCAUUCUAUUGUUUCAUGAGAAACGAUUCGUGGGCGCACAUCAAGUCGGACAUCGAGCGAGAGGCCGAAGAGAUGGCCGAGCGGGACUUGGCUGCAGCUGGUAAGCUCUUCGGGGGCUUCGACAGCUCCUGGGGUGGCUCGGCCACCUCGUCAUUUCCUGUCUCCAGCCUUCUGACGCGAAGUGAAAUCUCGAUAGAGUCCUGCGAAUCCGACGAGGCGCGCAACGAUAGAAACGUUGCUUACGAGAUGGCCGAAGGUUCGGACGCAGGGGAGACUGUCAAAGACGAGCGCAAGUCGGUUAAGCAACUAGAGUUCUCCAGCGAUGAUGAUCUACACCACCGGGACGUUUCGCCACUAGUCAACGGCUCGAACUCGAUGCCUCGUGCCGAACGUCGAAGUGGUCGGUCCCGUGCGUCGAACGAGCCUGCGAGAAACCUGUACGACUGCGAUGACAACGACUCAAGCGUCUCGUCCGAAAUCCUGCCGCCGGCCUCGGGAUCUUCUGUGCUCGCGCACACGGGACACUCCAUGGACGACCUAGAACUGGCCGCAGCUGGAGACGAGAGCUCCAGCCAAACGACUGUCGGCGACAAGAGUCGUCGCAUUCGUCGCUUCAUGCGACUGUAA